AUUCAUAACCCUAUAGAGCUCAAGCCUGGAAAUGAUCUGUUCCCUGCAGAUGAAAAUGGAAAGCUAAUUUACCAUAACACAGACCUUCGGGACACAUGGAAGGCUUUGGAGUCAUGCAAAGAUGCCGGACUCGUUAGAUCGAUUGGCGUUUCCAAUUUCAACAGACGGCAAAUAGAAUUAAUUCUCAACAUGCCAGGACUCAAAUACAAACCUGUCUGCAAUCAGGUGGAGUGUCACAUCUACCUGAACCAGGGCAAGUUGCUGGAAUUCCUCAAGUCACAGGACAUCGUACUGGUGGGAUACAGUGUGCUGGGCUCCAGCCGAGAUGAGAAAUGGAUAGACCCCAACUCUCCCGUUCUACUGGAGGAUCCAGUGCUAAAAAUAAUAGCAGAAAAGCUGGGAAAGACAACUGCCCAGGUGGCCAUG